AUGCCUAUCAACGGCACCGGCCGCAACGCCAACAGGCGCCUCCCAUCAUGGCUCACUUCAUCCCCUCUGCCACCUUCAGAUGCCCAGAAAGAGCAUCGCCGGCCAAACGACGAAAUUAUCAGCGAUCCCGCAUCCGACAUUCUCAUCGACUUCAAUUCAAGCCAAGGGUUUCGCGAAGCGGCGAAGAAGAGCAAGAAGGCAAAGACUCCAUCCGCUCCUCCUCCACCGCCCCCACCCCCUGCUGCUCCCCCGGCAAAUAACGGUCAGAAGGAUGAUAUGAAUGCAGGUGGUGGAGGAACAAGCGAAGGCAGUGCCGCGGGCGGCGCAGGUGAUGGAAAUGGCAGUGGUGGCGGAGGCGCACCACCACUGAGACCUCCCACAACUUUCGAUAAUAUCAGCCUCGGAGCGAGCAAAUUGGAUCUCGGACUCAGUCCCCCAGAAAACAAGAGCAUAUCCAGCUGGGGCGCAAAGUUGGGAUUCGGUGGUGGUGGAUGGGGUUGGGGAGGAGGGGCGAAGAAUGAACCACAACCAGCGCCAGCGCCGCCACCGCCGCCAGAAUCGAAGGACGAAGAUAAUCCUUGGGACAAACCGAAGGGCAGCACAGGCGACUUAGGGAUGAAAGAUGACGAUGAUGCUUGGGGAUUCGGAACUAAAAAGGACAAGAAAGCAUCAGCGCUAUGGGGUGCCGAGCCCGAGGAGGAACCCAAAGAUGCCGGUGACCCUUGGGGCUGGGGCAACCAGAAGAAAAAGGGUAAACCAGGUGGCAUCUUGGAAGAACUCGCCCUCGACACUGAACCCGAAGGUCCCCCUGGUGGAAAGAAAGAUAUAUGGGAUACUUGGGGAAUAUCCAAGAAGGAUCGGGCGAAGAAGAAGGGUAUCAUGGAGGAGGUUGCUUUGGCGGCUGCCCCAGACCCCCCCUCCAUGGACGACCAAUGGGGUGGUGGUUGGUCCGGCAAGAAGGACAAAUCACCACCGAGUUCCCUCUGGGGAGCCCAGGACCCAAUACCCGCAGUCCCUGACCCUCCUUCGUUUGAAGAUAAGGACGGCGAUGACUUUUGGAGCACUUUCGGGUCAGGCAAAGCAAAACCCGUGGAGGACAAUUCAGGUGGAUGGGGGGGUUCGUGGGGAAUCGGUAAGACAGGUGAGGAUGACACAUGUGAGUCAAAUUUCUAUAACGCUCAUCGAGUCCCAGAGCCGCCCAAGAUAGAAGACGACGGUCGGGAUCUGUGGGGAACAGGUAAGAGAAAGAAGAAAGCUGGCGACUUGAUUCAAUUGGAAGAUGAGAUUCCUCCUCCAGCCCCAGACCCCGUCGAGGCUGUCGGCUCUGGCGACUUCCUCGAUUCUCGGGGAUUUGGCAAGAAACCCAAGAAACCGGCCGUUGACCCGUUCGAUUUUAAAACUUCCGGCGCCGAUGAUCCUAACGAUGCUUUUUGGGGUUCAAUAGACACGAAACAUGGCGCACACGACUUCCUAAUCGAUACUACCGGUAAGAUAACUCAAGGCGAUGUGGAAGCAGAUGAAAAGUCAUGGUUUAACGAUCGAGAACAACUGGGAAUCUCCAAAAGUCCGAUCAGCACCUUGACUGACCUUCUGCUUUCAACAUCGACGCCCCCUCUUUGUUGGGCCUCGCUGAAUGAAUCUGCCGAUAAUCAGACCCGGAGCAAGCCGCUCGAGAAGCUGAAGAGCGAGCUGCCCGUGAAGCCGAAGACGCCGAAGCCGCACGCGAAGACGAGGAGAUUGCGAGUCUCAUAG